AUGAAGUGGGUUUCAUUUAUCUUCUACUUUUUUAUAAAUGCUAAUUUAUGUUUGCAAAGUAAGUAUUAUGAUGCAACAUCAGUUUCUUGCUCGGAAUGGGAGCUAUAUCACAAAUGUUCUUGUCAACCUGAAUGUCACUUAUUUAAGAAUUGCUGUGUAGACCUGCCUAAUCGUAAUGUUUCUCAUAAUCAAAAUAUUUCUGCACAAAGUUGUACGAAACUGAAAAUUGGAUAUUACAUUGCCCUUGACAAAUGCCUUCCUAGUUACCCUAUUAAAGAAUAUGUGAGAAAAUGUGAGAAUUCUGUUGAUGGAGAUUAUAUCUUGAAAGUACCAGCUUUCGGGAAAGUAGACAAAAAAUUGUACAAGAAUGUAUUCUGUGCUUUGUGCAACGAUCAAGAAUACAUUUUGGGAAAAUCGAUUUAUGAAUGCAAUAUGAGUAAUAUUACAUAUCAGCAACUUUCAAGGCACCUUUCAAAUGGCACAUGUAACUUUUAUUCAUUUGAUGUCCCAGAUAUUACAUUUAUUAAUAAUCUAUAUGAAUGCUUAUACGAUAUUUCGAAUUGUUCUAUAAAAGAGCAACAUGAAAAUAGAUCGGAGUUAUGUGAAACAAAUUCCAAGUCACCGGCUUCUUCAAAUAAGUACCAAAACUGUGCUUUAUGUAAUGACUUAAACUCUACAUAUUUUGGUGCAGAUCGCAAAGAGUUUGGAAGAACCUAUCCAUUGACUAUAAUAUUCGACCACAGCAGUAAUAUAUUGCAGUACAUAAAUGCUAUUCAAGAGAGUGGCGACACGAAUAGAAGCGCAGGAAGGCAUGAAGCAAUUCUCUGUAACAGUGAUUUAUUAUUUGAUGUUUAUCAAAACCAGUGUCGUUCAGUUUUCUUCCAUUCACUCAUCAAUUGUAUUGCAGUGAGACUAAAUGAUGAUGAAUAUUACCUCACUGAUGACGGUCUGCUUUAUUUGAAUAAAACUCAACGACUACUGAACAGAUCAGAAUUCAGUCAGGAUACUCAAGGCAUAAGUAUCUGCAUAGAUAAGGACUUCGGUGCAAUAUCAAAAUAUGCUACAUCUGAGAGUUAUAUUACAUUUAUAGGUCUUACUAUUUCUGUUCCUGCUCUACUAAUAACAAUUGUAACUUAUCUCUGUAUACCUGAACUACGUACUUUACCAGGCAAAUUCGUAAUCAAUCUUCUGUCAUCGCUGUUUUUGGCAGAGGUUUUGUUUCUUAUUUCUAGAUAUGUGCCUCCGUAUACUAUUCAAUGUAUUUUGACAGCUGUUUUGAUGCAUUAUUCUUUCUUGGCAUCGUUCUUCUGGAUGAAUGUCGUAUCGUUUGAUGCCUGCCGCACUUUCUCAGGAUUGAUGCAAUUUCAUAUUUCUAAUCAGGGUAAUAAAAAACUUUUACUGUAUUCUAUAUAUGCAUGGCUCAGUCCACUUAUAAUUGUAACGAUGUCACUCCUACUUGAGUAUAUACCAGAAAACAAAGCAGUUUCCCCAGCAUAUGGCAAGGGUAUAUGUUGGAUUACAAAUGGAAAAUGUCUUUUAUGGGUGUUUGGAAUUCCAGUUAUUAUACUGUUAACACUUAAUGUUUUAGCUUUUAUUUUUAUUUCAAGAGGCCUCCGUUUAGAAAUGAAGCGUUCUUCAAAAUAUUUAUUAAGUUACCAUAAUAUUAACUUCAAAAUUUUCUUCAAGCUCAGUCUUGUUAUGGGUUUAACAUGGAUUUUGGGAUUCCUAUAUACAUUCACAAAAAUCAGUGAAUUUUCUCUCCUUUUCUGUAUCGGUAAUUCAUUUUUGGGAUUGUUUGUUUGUUUUUCUUUUCUUUCCACAAGAGUAAUAGCUAGAAAAUGCCUGCAGUUUGGGAAUUUCUCGAAAAUGUCUACUUUAUACCGUACAUCACCAUCAGCAUCUGAAAGAAAUAUCCAAUAAACAGCAUUUGUUAAACAUACAUUUGGUUUAUAUUUAUUAUUUACUCGGCGCUCUUAGCUUGAAAAAAGGUCUGUUAUGCGAAUUGAAUCUUGUUAUGUUUGGCGUUCGAUGAGACGAUUGUUUGGUUUUCCCAGAACUAAAAAAGACUGAAGAUUGUGCACAAGAAGCCAGUUACCUGACAUAAGAAGUGUUAUUGUUUGCUGAAUCUGUGACAGCAUUCUAAUUGACAAGGAGAUUUAAAAAAAGUUUUAGCUUUCAGAUUUUAUGCUUUAAGCUGCAUUCGUUUUCCAUUCCAUUCCAUUCUGAAUUGAGAUUUCACAGCAGAUUCAGUGAACGACCUCCCUCGGAUAAUUGACUUUUGGUAACAUACUCCCAUCACUCAUAAUUAUGAGAAGACAAAGCAAAGACUCAUCAAAAAGCGGACAUAUUUAAGAAAUUGAAUGAAUAUGGAUGAAUACUGCUGAAAUUGUCAAUUGAGACACUGCAACAGACUGGGUUAGUAAAUUGUAAGUAAACCUUUAAGAUUAACUUCGUCAAUAAUCGCAGAAAUAACACGCUGGAAACACGAUUA